AUGGAAAGAACGGAGAGGCAAGAAAACAGUGUGAAGCAAGACAUGAAUCAAGCAGAAGAGUCUAUUUUAAAUUUGCAAUCAAAUCUAAGAGAUUGCAAACACUUUGCUGAAGACAUCCGAGCUGAGCUUAGAUCAAUGGAUAGUUCAAUAAAACUUUCAGCAGAUGAUACCUCAGCCUUAACGUCCACAAAAAUCGAUGAACUGAUGGCUGACCUCCAACGCGCGAUUCAAAGUCAGCUAGAUCAAAACACUCACUUCAAUAUGCAGAUAACUGAGCUUAAAAAAGACAAGUCAAUAUUACAACAACGCAUUAUUAAGAGUAGAAAUCGAUCCCAAACUCUUGAACAAGAUGUGGGUGUUAAAAGCAAAAAAAAGUCACUAAUUUAA